AUGGGGCUUACGCCACUAAAGCUACUAGCAGGGGCUUGCCCCUGUCAAGGCUCUCUCCCCAUCCCGUCUGAGCUUGCUGAGAUAAGUUCCGAUUAUUCCUAUCAUGUCAAAGUCAAAGUACCGAUGAUUUGUUCUGCCACGGCGGUUGUUCCGUUACGCAUGGAUGCACUAACCAUAAAACUAUACAGUCAUGCCACCAAAACUUAUGAUGUUUGGAGGCUGGGUUCAUUUCGGCUGAUGGACGUUACCUAUGAUUUGUUCCGCCACGGCGGUUGUUCCGUUACGCGUGAAUGCACGCAAAUAUCCUCCGCUAAACGGGGACGUUUUACAGGAAGUUGGGAGAUCAUGAUAAAUGACCCGGGCGCUUGCUGUACUGAAGCGUCUGCAGCCCCGAUUUCCGUCUCGCUCUCGUCCCCCACUGUGCCCCAAACGACUUCUCAAGUGUCAAACGCGUGUCAACUUGACCUCACAAGCGAGUACUUGCGGCAUUGGGAGCUCUCGCAGUCCCCGACGCUGCCACCUCCUGGGGCGGGUUUACCGAUGGAAAAGCCACGAACGACAAUAUACUCUGACGGACUCAACAUUCAUAAAGACUACUGGAUGAAAGGUAAACGAAACAUUUCAUCGCAUCUACGAAAUCUAUACCUGUACCCAGAGAACGGCUUGCUUCACCUCAAGACUGAGUGUGUCCUAGGUAUAUCUCUAUGGCAUCUGAAAAUACUACCAAACAUGUCGCCAACUGCUUGGAGUCGUCUGUCCUACCCCAGCUUCGCAAGCUACGACACCACACUAUUGGCAGCACAAACGGUCGAACUGGGUACGAAAGACCUCCCCCAAUACAGACAAGGGAAGCUCUACAACAUUGCCGCAAGCUGUCCUCGCUGCGAAUCUUGCGAUUCCCCGACGACGAUUCUCAAGUGCCGGACACUAAAACAGCCCAAGACUGCGAGACAUGAAGACGCAGCGGACUCAGAACCGGGUUCCCCCGCCAAUUCGCAGUUCACGAUAAGCCGUCCGCUGGUUGGCCUUGUCCGCUGGUUGGCCUUGUCCGCCAGCGCCCUGCCCUGGCCCUACUCUCCUCGGGCGGAGGAGAUUCGAGAACGUCGCGUAGAUCGCGUAGGUGAGCGCUUCGAUGUUGGGCAGAGAGGAUGUUGGCGGGCUUCGGGGAUACUGGGGCGUAGGCUGUUUGCGGCGGGUAGAAUCGGUGAAGGUGAAUACGCCAAUCGUGGAGAGGUGGAAAGGCUGUUUAUGCUGAAAAGAAGCUCAUCGGUGACUGUGUUGCAUUUGGGCUCGGCCGUCGCAUGUUGCUAUAUCGCGACUAGGUGGCUGCCGCUGCCUCUGAUGGACGGGAGCGCGGUGGCCUGCGGCCACUGGCAGACGGGUUAUAAUGCUGUUGUUUUGGGGUUUUCCAAACGAGCAGGUAUGAGCCUUCCUUUUCGGAAGCUUGGAUGAGGAAAAUUUAGCAAUAACAAAGGAAGAAUAGCGAUAUAGACAAACAAAUCUCCUGUGCCGCCGACAAUGUUCAUACGGAGCACCGCGUCGGUCAG